GGCUGCAACAUUCAACCAUAGGUGGACCACAUCCAUAUGGAUUAGCCCCAACAGAAACCCUUCUACCCAAGCACUUGACUUCCUUGGGUUAUAUUAAUCAUCACGUUGGAAAAUGGCAUCUGGGCUUCUUCAAGAAGACUUACACUCCCACAUACAGAGGCUUUGAGAGUCACUUUGGAUAUUGGAGCGGUCGUAUAGACUAUUUUGAUCACACAGCUUUUGAACAACCUGGCUAUUGGGGCUAUGACAUGAGAAGAAAUAUGAGUCUUGCAGAAGACUGCUUUGGUAAAUACACAACAGAUUUAUUCACCAAGGAGGCUGUGGAUAUUAUCAACAAUCACAACACAUCUCAACCUUUGUUCCUGUACUUGGCUCACCUGGCUGUUCACUCUGGUAACCCUUAUGCUCCACUGCAAGCACCUGAGAAUGUGGUUAAAAAGUUCAACUACAUAAAAGAUGAACACAGACGCACCUUUGCAGGAAUGUUGUGGAAAUUGGAUGAAUCUGUUGGGCGUGUUGUAGAGGCUUUAGAUGCUCGCCGAAUGCUUUACAACUCUGUAAUCCUCUUCACCACUGACAAUGGUGGUCCAGCAGCGGGUUUCAACCAGAAUGCCGCAUCAAAUUGGCCACUGAGAGGGGUGAAAGCCUCAGUAUGGGAAGGUGGAGUCAGAGGUGCUGGACUAUUGUGGUCUCCUCACAUACAAAACCCUGGUAGGGUUGCCCACCAGAUGGUUCAUAUUACUGAUUGGUUACCCACACUUAUUUCUGCAGCAGGCGGUAACCUCUCUUCCUUGGGAUCAAUUGAUGGAAUAGAUUUAUGGAAAACAUUAACUCAGGAUCUUCUCUCACCCCGUAAGGAGUUUCUAGUGAACAUUGACCCUGUUUUAAACAGUGCUGCAAUUAGGAUUGGUGACUGGAAAAUGAUUUACAAUCCUCAAGGAUUUGGACACCACUGGGAUGGCUGGUUUGGGCCUUCAGGUCACAAUGAGACAGCUCCAGAAACAAAACUGAAUGUCAUUCUGAAACAGGUUAUGAAGUCUCGUGUUGCCAGAGCUGUGAAAGCAAUUAACCCCAAAGCUUAUGAAAACAUAAAAUUAUUGAGGAAGACAGCAGAGGUACACUGCAGUCCCGUUCCAAAAAAUGCAACAGCAUCUUGUAAUUCCUCAGACUCACCUUGCCUCUUCCACAUUCCCAGUGACCCUUGUGAGUACACUGACCUUGCUGCUACUCACCAAAGUGUUAUGGCUAUCAUGAAGGAUAGAUUGAACCAGUAUAAUGCAACUGCUGUUCCUCCACGUAACAAACCUUGGGACCCUGCUGCCAAUCCAAAGUUUUGGGGGUAUGCAUGGACAAACUGGAAGGACUUUACCAGUCCUAUCACUGGGGAUAUAGGGAAAAAUAAUGUAGAAAUGGACAGUUUAGGAGACAUCUAUCAUGAUAGACAGCACAGUUAAAGCUGUCCAUCUGUCCAUCCUAUGUAAUUGGACUCCUUUUAAAUACUUGAAAAAUAUAUAGUGAAUCAAAAUUAAAUUUGGUUUUCAGCCUUGUAUCAAGAAUAUCCCGGUUGUGCUUAGUAAUCAGCAUAUUCCAGCUUUAUUUACAAGUUGUGGUCUCAGUUCAACUUCAAAAAUUUUGUAGGGUCAUAUAUUACGAUCCAUUAUAGACUAGUUCCCCAUUGUUCUUGCUUCCCAAAUUCAGCUUGAUUAUUGAGUCUGCCUCAUUCAUUUCUCCUUCUAUGUCUAUCAAUAAGAGAUAGACCAUGGUAAGUGAAAUCUUGUUAAGAGAACACUAAUUUCCCAUUGAGAUACACUUACAGAAGCCUCGGGCUGUUUUAGUAAAGAUAAGGGACAGAGAAUGUUCAUGAGAUAGUCCAAUAGUAAACAGGAUCAAACAGGACUUAUUCACAUCUGCUUUGGUCACUACUACUCACGAGGGACAAUUACAGGUAUCCCUCAUGAUAUGAACGUUCUAGAUACAAAAAUUCGACUAUACGAAUUUCAUAAAUUAAUUAACAUCACUCUUUCGAGACACAAAAGCUUCCCCGCUUAUACGAAUUAGGGUCCAGGCAAAAAUUCAAAUCGCCUGCCAGGAGUCAGAUGAUAUGGCCAUCUUGGGAGAGAGAUGUCAAGUAAGGU